CCAACUUCAGCGACGCACGGACCUGUUAGGACCGACGCCUCGGCGUUGAAGGUUUAAUUUAGCUCCGAUGUCUCUCCUGCUCGCUGCAGUCUCUCUACCCUCCGAUGUAACGAUUGUUUUUACUCUAUCAUAGAGAGGGAAAUAGUUUGUUUCCCCUAGCUUUGCAUGAAUGUUACGGGUCGCUUCUUCCUUCCUUCCAGUGUUUUUUUCCCCUUCUCCUUCCUGCAUAUAGAUGUAUUUGGUGCGUCUUGUUUCCUCCUCCAGUAACGCAUGUCUGUGUGCCGCCCGCUUCCCUGCGCUCUCAAUAGAUGGUGCAAGUCAAAAUGUCCAAAUCGCCCGUAGACCCUCUGUCUGCUGUGGAAACCGGCUCCCAGUCGCAUUAUUUCCAGAUGCCCAGGAAGUUGCCUAAACGUAAGAGUCGCUUCAAACGCUCAGAUGGCAGCACGUCCUCAGACACGACAUCCAGCUUCAUCAAACGACAGGGGUCGGCUGAUUCGUAUACCAGUAGACCGUCGGAUUCAGACCUGUCAGCCGAGGAGGACCGCGAGGCGUAUCGGCGUGAAGCCGAACGCCAGGCACAGCAGCAGCUCGACAGAGCUAAGUCCAAACCUGUAGCGUUUGCCGUAAAGACAAAUGUGAAUUACUGCGGAGCUCUGGAUGAGGACUGUCCUGUCCAAGGAGCUGCAGUUAAUUUUGAUGCCAAAGACUUCCUGCACAUCAAAGAAAAGUACAACAAUGACUGGUGGAUCGGGCGGUUAGUGAAGGAAGGAGCGGACAUCGCCUUCAUCCCCAGCCCUCUGCGACUGGAGGCCAUGAGGCUCAAACAGGAGCAGAAACAGAGGAAAACAGGAGGCAACUCCUCAAGUUUAGGGGACAUGGUGUCUGGAAGCUGGAGGACCACACCGCCAUCUGCAGGUGAAUCUAAACAGAAGCAAAAACAGGAACAUGUCCCUCCCUAUGACGUGGUGCCCUCUAUGAGGCCGGUGGUCCUGGUGGGACCAUCACUGAAGGGCUAUGAGGUGACAGACAUGAUGCAGAAAGCUCUGUUUGACUUUCUGAAACACAGAUUUGAAGGAAGAAUCUCCAUCACCCGCGUUACUGCCGACCUGUCCUUAGCAAAGAGAUCUGUCCUGAACAAAAGACCCAUCAUGGAGAGAUCCAACACCCGCUCCAGUCUCGCGGAGGUUCAGAGUGAGAUUGAGAGGAUAUUUGAGCUUGCCAAAACCCUGCAGCUGGUCGUUCUGGACGCUGACACCAUCAACCACCCCGCACAGCUCGCUAAAACUUCCCUCGCUCCCAUCAUCGUCUACGUGAAGGUUUCCUCGCCAAAGGUGCUGCAGAGGCUGGUCAAGUCCAGGGGGAAGUCUCAGAGCAAACACCUGAAUGUGCAGAUGAUGGCUGCAGACAAACUCUCUCAGUGCCCCCCGGAUAUGUUUGAUGUCAUUUUGGAUGAGAACCAGCUAGAGGAUGCUUGUGAGCAUUUGGCCGAAUACCUGGAGGUCUACUGGCGCGCCACUCACCUGCCAGGAAACACCCCUCUGAACCCGCUACUGGAGCAGAGCCUGAUGACCCCGCCCUCCGCCAUCUCCAGUCUACAGAACAAGAACCAGACACAGCCGCGGGACGCAGUGGGCUUGGAGGGCGAGGAAGAGGAGGAGGAGGAAGCUGCUGAGGAAGCCCACUCUCCGUUGGAGCAGGACAGUCUCAUGCCAUCUGAUGAGGCCAGCGACUCGCUGUCCCGUGGCCGCAGGGGGAGCCCAUGCCACACGGGGGUUGAGGAGGAUGAAGAGGAGGAGGAGGAGGAAGAAGAAGAGGAAGAGGAGGAAGAGGAUGGUUGCGCCUCCCCCUGUCAUGGGCGCUCAUAUAGGGACAGGUACCCCUCCCACCGAGGGCAUCCAGGCAGCGACCACAGCGCCAACGGGCACGAAUCACAGGACAGGCUGCUCCAGCGCGAAGCCCAGCAAGGUCACAACCAGAGGAACAACCGCCAGCGCAGCCGCCCCUGGCCCCGAGACAACUACUAGGACCAGCGCCCCCUUCUGGCCUCCAGGCCGCCAACACUGCUCCCCUCCUCUCUGAGCCCCCCUCCCGGCUGAUGCACAGAUCCAAACACAUUAUUUAGAAAAAAAAAAAAAAAAAGGAAAAAAACGUAUCAAAAGUCCAAUUCUUUACUUUACAGUCAGUCAUUGUGAAUCGGUAAUCUAGUUCUUAUUCCUCCAGGCUCCUAUUUUCUGUAAAUCGAGAUGAAUGCUCGUCUCUCCGGGGUCAAAGAGUUCCAGUUAAAUUCAUCAGGGCUAUCCACCUCUGCAACAGAAAGGUUUCAGGCUACCAGCUGAAUGCAGACUCAGACGUUAGCUGCUUUGCCUAAAGGUUUCUCUAUUGUAGGAUGUCGCAUAUACUGGCCUUAAAAUUCCUAAGACUUUUAACUAUCUUUACUAUUGCAUGUAUAAUUAUUUCAAGACGAUUUGCACAUUACGGCAGUACAGGAAGUGAAUGAUCUUUAUGGAAUAAACUAAUGUAGGAAUGUCCCGUGUUUUAUCCAUUUAGGGUUAAUUGUAAUGCAUUUGAAUACGAUGUAUAUACUGAAUGGCCACCUGGUUUUGUUUCAUUGCUACUUUCUUUGUCUAAUUUUUGUGGCUAUGGGCAGAUAUUUCUUGCCAUCCAUUUGUACACGUAUCACCUCAUAUGUCACCAACAGUGCAGUAUGUUCUGGACAUCCCUUGUCUUUGCUGUUGCACAAUCACUGACACCUCUAUUAAUCUAAAAAUGGGCAAACAGAAUGUAAAUACAACCAAGGAAGGGAAUGUUCAGAGUAUUCCAGGGGACAAAUUAUUUGCCAAAAUGUUUGUUUACAUCAGUUCAUUCACAUAUGUCAAGCACAUGCUGCUGCCCAGCUGCAGCUCCUCUUGAAAUCAAUGCUUCACCGAAUGUAAGCUCGCAUGCCUUUUGCACCUCCAGCACCACCUGGUUUCUCUGACCUGACCAAUCGCAACGUAAUUCGAUUGUAGCACGCUAACUGAUUGUAGCAUCCACACUUCCCGCACAGAUAGCACCCUCUGUGGAAAACAUGGCGUCAUUUCUGUGAAUACCGCAGUCUUUAAAGGCUGGUUUUUACCAAGGCGGAUCCUCAGGUGUCAAGUCCUCAACUCCACGUUACAAACUCGUCGGGCUUCGAAGACUCGUAGCACCAAUGAUGCCGUGUCUGUCUGUUCCUGUGCGGAAGGCCGGGAGAGUCAAAAACCUGUGACUUUUUGAGUGGAGCUGCAUGCCCUAUCUGCUGUUUGUUGCAUUGUUUACAUGUGGAAACAACAUUGAAGCAAUGCAUCAACGACAAAAAAAAAAAAAAAAAAAAGUGUUUGUGGCCCUAUCUGCCUUUCAUAUUAAUACUGCUGUAUGGAAAGACAGAAAAGCCAAAAAUAUCUACUUUUUUUUUUUUUUUUGUAAUGCUUGCAUGUUAAUGUUUUCACAUUGGGCAUAAUUUAUUAUGUAC